AUCCAUCUAUAGCCAUCUCCAGGUAGAAGCAAGACAUUGGUUCCAGGACUCAUGAGGAUACCAAAGCCCACAGAUGCUCAAGGCAUACAAUGUGAUACCACUUACAGUUUAAUUCCUUACAGAUUUUGCCAUGGGGUGCGGACUUAGAAAGCUGGAAGAUCCUGAUGAUAGCAGCCCUGGAAAAAUAUUUUCUACUCUGAAGAGACCACAAGUGGAAACAAAGACAGAAUUGGCUUACGAAUAUGUAUUGCUGGAUCUUACAUUGCAAGCUUCCUCAAACCCAAGGGUCAUCAAGAUAAAUUCAGUUCUGGAUAUAGUAGCGAAAGUGGAUGACUAUUAUCUUAAAGGCUAUAUUGUUGGAGCUAUUCAUCCUGUCUUACAACCAGUGGGGCAGCGAAAACACCUACCAGCAAGUUACCUCUACAGAGUGGUGCUAUUCCGCUUAAAGUUAAGCCCCAAGCGUCCAGCAGCAGCCAGUGCACAGAGGCGCCCAAGGCUUGUGAUCGAGGAAUGUCCUCUGACUCACGAGACACAAACAAAUGAUGUGGCAAAAGAGCUGAUAGAAAAGAUUAAUGUCGCUGCUAAAAAGGGAAUGAAAUUUGUUGGAUUCAUACCACAGUAUUGUCCACCAGCUAAAUUCUGCAAUGGAACUGACCAUGGCAACGACCUUGAAUCAGUGCUGCGUGUGAGACAUGGUUCCGAAGAAAACUUGAAAAACUGGAGUGAAGGAACAUUGAGUGGGCAAUCAUCUGAAAGUGGGAUUGAAGAACUUCAUGAAAGCAGACAAGUUCAAACGGAACAAAAUGGCAGCCCCACUUCCUCUAAAUCAAGAAAAGGAGAAGCUUCAGAUAACAGGUUGUAUAUAGCCUUCAAUGCUUUUGAUGAUGAUUCGACCAGCUGGACCUACCAGGAAGGCAUCCUGUCAAUGAAAGUAACAAGAAAAGGAGCUGUCAUCAGUACACUUGAUGCUGACUGGCUGGAAUUAACUACCUUUUACUACAAGCAAGGCUUGUCUUUAAUUGAUUCGUUUGUUUGCUGGGAAGCAUCUAAAGGGGACCACUUGUCUAAGUCUCUGGAAGGAUUUUUUAUCUAUGAAGAAGAAGGUUCUGGAGUUCCAGGUUCUAACAGGAAAGGAAAUGAUGCCAUUGUGGUGGAACAGUGGACUGUCAUUGAAGGCUGUGAAAUCAAAACGGAUUAUGGCCCUCUGUUGCACACGCUGGCUGAAUUUGGAUGGCUUCUGACAAGCGUGUUGCCUACACCAAUACUGAGACAUGACAGUGAAGGGAAUUUGGCUACAAAGCAGGUCGUAUUCCUCCAGAGGCCAGCUACGUGGAACUCAGCUGCUCAGACACCAGAAAGGAAAGGCAGCCGGCAUUUGAAAAACGAAGACAGAAGCAAAGUUCCCAGCAGGAGUGUGGGCUCAGACACGGCCUUGUCAACGACCCCGGAAAGCAGACCUCUGCCAGGGGAAUGCCUCCUCUCCCGGUCCAGAGAAUGUUGGACCAAGGAGGGGCAGCCAGCCCAAAGCAGCCAUUUCUCCGGCUUCAGCAGCAGCGACAGUGUCCUCCGGGAAUUGGAUGAGGGACAGUUUGACCAAGAGGAUGGAGUGACCCAGGUCACUUGCAUGUGAGCCACAAGGUGAGGCUACACAAGGCCCUGUAAAUCAGUAUUAAAAUAAACACCAGCAAUAUUGUAUUACUUUCUCUGCAUUUAUGCAAUAUCUUAAAAUUUUUCCAUACCCAGGCUUUCCUGUAAUCUAUGUAAGCUUUGGCUCAACCUCCCGGACAAGAAAGGAUUACCAGUGUAUUUGUAAAUUUAGAAUCCUGUUUAUGUUUCCUUCAAGUACAACAUCUGGUUUAGGCUAUUAUGCAA